GAAUUUUCUGUGGACAAACAGCCACCAUGGAGCUGCGUCUCUCCAUCUGCGUUCUGCUGGUUCUUUGUGUAACAGGGACUGUAAAUGGAGGAAAGAUUUUAGUGUGGUACACUGAGGCCAGCCACUGGAUCAACAUGAAGCCAAUGCUGGAGACGCUGGUGGACAGAGGACACCAGGUGACCGUCCUGGUCCCAAGCUCAUCGAUGUUCAUGAACAGCAGUGAACCGUCUCGCUUCCAGUAUGAACCCUUCAACGUCUCCGUCUCCUUAGAGGAUAUAGAACAGUUUAUUGAAAAGUUCAUUCACUUUUUCAUGUAUGAGAUGGAGCACUUGAACCAUGUUCAGGUAUACAUCAGGUUUAUAGAGAUAAUACAAACAAACCUACAAAGUACUAUUAAAAUGGUGGAAGGUGUGGUGAAAUCAGAAACCAUCAUGAAGAAGCUGAAAGAAGGAAACUAUGACUUGCUCCUGUCUGAUCCUAUAUACCCUGGCAGUGAAUUAACUGCAGACAUUUUGGGGAUCCCUAUGGUCUUUUCUUUGCGUUUCUCCAUUGCUCAUAGCUGGGAAAGACUGUGUGGUCAGCUACCUGCUCCACCUUCCUAUGUCCCAGCUGCUUUAAGUGAACUGACAGACAAGAUGAACUUCUCAGAGAGAGUGUACAACUUCCUCUUCUACGCUCUUCAGGAUAUGAUAAUGAAACAGUUUUUGUUGAAAGAGGUGGAUAAAUAUUACUCAGAAAUCAAAGGAACCCCCACCAGUGCCUGUGAGUUGAUGGGUAAGGCAGACAUCUGGCUGAUGAGAACCUACUGGGAUUUUGAUUUUCCACGUCCAUUUCUUCCCAAUUUUAAAUUUGUUGGUGGAAUUCAUGGCAAACCUGCUAAACCUUUACCAAAGGAUAUGGAGGAAUUUGUCCAAAGCUCUGGAGAUGAAGGUAUCGUAAUCUUCUCUUUGGGAACUAUGAUCAAAAACUUGACCACAGAAAAAGCGAACAUAAUCGCCUCAGCCCUCGCCCAGAUUCCACAAAAGGUGUUGUGGCGAUACAGCGGGAAGAAACCGGACACGUUAGGUUCCAACACAAAACUUUACAACUGGAUUCCACAGAAUGACCUCCUGGGUCACCCUAAAGCCAGAGCUUUUAUCACGCAUGGUGGUGCAAAUGGGGUUUAUGAGGCCAUCUACCACGGUGUUCCCAUGGUGGGAAUCCCAAUGUUUGCUGAUCAGCCUGACAACAUGAUGCACAUGAAGGUCAAAGGAGCUGCAGCUAAUGUUGCCUUUAAAUCCAUAACAACUGAGGACCUCAGAGAUGCAAUCAACACUGUCAUCAAUGAAAAAUCCUACAAAGAAAACAUGAUGCGACUGUCCAGAAUCCACCACGACAGACCCAUAAGUCCUCAGGAUGAGGCAGUUUUCUGGAUCGAGUACACCAUGAGAAACAAAGGAGCAAAGCACCUGAGAGUCCAGGCCCAUGAACUCACCUGGUACCAGUACCACAGCCUGGAUGUCCUGACCUUCCUCCUUACUAUAGUUUUACUUCUCAUGUUCAUCUUCAUCAAGACCUGCAGUUUCUGUUUCCAGAGAUGCUGUGGCAGAAAAAAGACGAAGAGAAAGGCAGAGUAAAAGACCGAGCUGGGACUUACUGCAGGUGGCUAAUGAAUGGAUAAAAACAUGAAAUACUAUAACAUGGGGCUAGUCUUCAACUUGUAGUAUACAUUCAUAUGUUUGGAUACCAGUUUUCUCUUUAUUCGACUUUAGUUGCAAACAGGAAAUUUAUUUUCUCAUACUUUGAUCACAGGCUCGUGAGAUUUGCCAUAUAUUAAACAAGAAAAUGUUUAACAAAUUUUCACACUCAGGAUCAAAUAAAGGGCUUAUUCUAAUAAUUAAAUUAACACAUGCAACAUUUUAAAUUUUCACAUUUUUCACAUGUAACCAAU